CAGAGAAGAAAGAGUGAGCGUAUAAAGAUCUUAACAGAGUGUCCUUCCCAGUUCCCACCUCGUUAAGAUAGCAGACACAGAGAGCGCGAGCGAGCGAGAGAGAGAAGAAGAUCUAUAUGUAAAUUCGAGCAACAUUUCGUCUCAGCAUAUUUGGUUAGAUCGUUACGUGAAAUUCAAAUUUAUCUUAUCUGAUUUCCAUCUACCUCGACCGACAAAAACAUAGAACUGGUUUCGUUUCGAUUUUCAGACGCAUUUGAGAUGAAUUGCGCUGAAUUAUCGUAAUUCACAUCGAAGAUUUCGCAGAAAGCCUUGGAGCAUGGAAAGUUGUGGAUUUUAGAGGACAAGUUUUGAGAAAUUCUGCAUGAAUUCUCUGUAAAAGGAUUACUACUCGAAAUCCACUGAGAUGAAAAGUUAGCAGAGAGUAUAUUAAUCACGUACAAUUCGAGUUAUAUUUGGUAAAAAGACCUCUGGAUUCAAGGUGGCUUGCUUGGAGAGAGAAUUUUCUGUUGCUGUUAUAAGUGCACGGUUAAUGCACCUCCGAUCUUCAGUCGGAGGCGUUGUUUCUGUCGGAAUUUCAUCCUUUCCACUUCUUAAGAAAUCCGAGCUCUAGAAAAACGAGUUGUCAUCUCGUGAGAGAUCCAAUUUCACACUUUCAGAACGUCUGGUGUCCGAAAGUCCGAAGCCUCUAUACACUAAGUGAAGACUAUAUCUUCGGCGUUUGUAUUCCCUUCAGAUGGUCGAUCGGAAUUUUUGCAUCAGCAACAAGUUGACUGGGAAAAACCUGGGGCUCGACGGGGAAACGAAGAAAUAAAAAGAAGAAUUUUGAUUGGCAACCGAAAAAAAAAAAGAAGAAACUUGAGAAGAACAAGUAAAAAUAUCUCAAUUGUGAAUGGAGCUUCCUCAACCUCGCCCCUUUGGAACCGAAGGCAAAAAAACAACACAUGAUUUUCUUUCACUAUAUGGUCAUCCGUCUUUCCAGCACCAAGAUCCAAGGCCUCCCCAUGGCUCCAUUGAUUAUUCACGUGACCCUACUGAAUCAUCCAUCUGGGCCAUUUAUUUGGUGGGGCUACACCUACUAAGAGGAUUCUUAAUCCUCAAGACUCAUGACUUUCUGCAACCGCUGGAGAGACUAGGGAAGAAGAGCGGCAAGGGAGAAAACACAGUUGAGGCAGCUCCAAAUCCAAUUGAAAAGCCACUGCCUCCUCCUCCUCCUUCAGUGGAGCAUGCUCUCCCUGGGGGAAUCGGCACCUACAGUAUAGGCUACAACUCCAAUUUCAAUCAUCGAAGUGUUCCUCCUAAGCCUGAGACAAGUGUAUUUUCACCAACCAGCAGUACGGAGAAGAAUGGGGAAGUUAACAACAAAGCUAAUUCCAACGGUGGUUCUUAUAGUGGAGGAGCUUUUUCGUUGUGGAACCAGUCUGUGGUGAAGGAGAAAGGAGCAUUGGUGAAACUGAAAGAUACUGUCGCCCAAGAAACACAAGUUGUAAAAGAACCGGUGGAGCAGUUAGGGCAGUGGUCGUCCGAGGAGCGGCCAUUGCGUACCCUAUUCACUCAUCACACUAGUCUCAUCUCUCAGUCUUCCUCUAAGCAGCCGGAGCAGAAAAGUCAAAGACUUAUAGACAUGAUGAAAUCUGCUAAGGGUCAUCAGGAAGAGGAAGAAGACGAUGAAGAAGAGUUCGCCUCCCGGAAAGAAGUUCCUUUCCAGAAAGUAGAUUUGACUGUAAAGGUGGACGGGAAGAACAUUAACCAGAAGACUGCCACACUUACACCGCGGUCAAAGCACUCUGCCACAGAACAGCGGCGAAGGAGCAAGAUUAAUGACAGAUUUCAGAUAUUGAGAGAUCUUAUACCUCAUAGUGAUCAAAAGAGAGAUAAGGCAUCUUUCCUAUUAGAGGUCAUCGAGUACAUUCAGUUUUUACAGGAAAAGGUACAGAAGUACGACGCAGCGUUUCCUGGAUGGAACCAGGAGCCAACAAAGUUGGUACCAUGGAGAAAUAUCCGCAGGCCUGGUGAAAGUGUAAUUGAUCACUCUCAAGCCCUAAAGAAUGGACCUGGUCCAGGGAUAGUGUUUACUGGGAAGUUCGAUGACAACAACAUUGCUGUCAGUGUCUCCCCACCCAUGCUAGCAAAUUCGCAGAAUCCACUAGAUGCUGACAAGGCAGUGCCCCUGCCCAUUCCUUUGCAAGCAAACAUGUUCACUCCUGUAGUAAGAGGUGGUGGGCUUUCCCAACCUCCACAGAGACCGCUUUCAGAUGCAGACAAUGUAGCUUCACACCCUCAAUCCCAGUUGUGGCAAGGCAGAGUAUGCACAACUGAGUUCCCUGUAACAAGUGAUAUACUAAAUGAACAAGAUGAUAUGACUAUUGAAGGGGGGACAAUCAACAUAUCAAGUGUCUACUCACAAGGGUUGUUGAAUAAUUUGACACAAGCACUUCAGAGUUGUGGUGUAGAUCUGUCACAAGCUAGCAUGUCAGUGCAGAUUGAUCUUGGCAAACGAACAGUUGGCAGACUGGCAGCUACCACAUCCAGUGCAAAGGACCAGGAGGACCCCUCUAGCAAUCAAGCAAUGACGCAUUCUAGGGUUGCCAGCAGUGGUGAGGACUCUGAUCAAGCUUCCAAGAGACUAAAGACAGAGAAAAGCUAGCCAGCAUUCCUCAUAGUUCUUUGUCCGUUUAUUUUCUUAUUUUUCCCAUUGUUAAUCUUCAUUUAGGUUCUCUUUCUCUCUAAUCUCUGCACUUCCCAUCUCUUAUCUUUUUGGGAAAUUUUAUUCCCUUCUCCUGGUCCACAAUCCAUGCCAGAUUGAUUGUACAUGCUCUGUAUUUCCUGUUUGCUGGGAUAUACACAGAUUGUUGUUGCAGACUUUUUGAACUCAUUUAUUUGUAAUUUUCUUAAGAGAGGCUUCCCUAUGGUUUUGAGAAGCUGCUUUCUUGUUCAAGGCUUCCAUUCACAUGUGAAGUUUCUCUUCCCAUCUAUGAUAAAUUUUACAACACAAUUUUCAUGGAAUGUAAGAGACAUGUUUUCUUUA